AUGCAGGACCGGCUUAACAAGCUGAUGUUCUUGCUUGGCCCAGAGGGCGUGCAACACUUUGUGGCGCAAGGUCCUGAGGCAAUCGGUGCGCGUCUAGAGGCGUUUUCAUAUUACGAAAACGCGCUACUAGAGCAUCUGCAGCAAAAGAUGUCUGCAUCAUUUGCGUCUAUGUCGCCACCGUCGGUGACGGAUGAUUUUCGCCGCCCUAAAUCGCUCAUGGUGAGCGUUAAGGUCUUUGAGGGGAAGGAUGGAGAGAAUAUCCUGCUCUGGGUGAGAGAGGUCGAGAUGGCCAUCGCAUCCGCCAUGCUCCAGACCGAGCAACAGCGCGUGGCGCUGGCCAUCUCAAUUCGGUGGUCGAGCGCGAGAAUGGGCACUGACGUGUGGCAUUUCGUCGAAGCUGCGCUUCCCUCCUUGGCGGAGCUGAAAUUGCAGCUCUCACGAGUGUACUCGCCGCCUAAUCAUGCGUAUCGCGUGCGAUCUCGUUUCCUUGCCGCCCGACAGGGCAAUAAAGGAUGGGUGGACUUUGUCCAAGAGAUGCGCACUCUCAUUGCCGGAAUGGCAGCCGAUCCCCUUCCGGAGGCGGUCACCGUGACCGUAUUGAUGGAAGGCCUCCGCACUGGCGUGGUUAGAAUGGAAGUCUUUCGUGUGCAUCCGUCGUCACUUGAAGAGGCGGUGAAUGCCUAA